CUGUUGAGUUUUGAAGGAGAGCGAAGCGUGUCAAAGCGAGCUGCGAAGGGGGAGCGCGCAAGUCGGAGUACAUUAAUUAGACCGCAGCUCGUUUGAACACCGGCUUCCGUACACAAUACAGCUUAAACACAACUUAAGUGUACCGUUAAUAUAUACAUUAAAAAAAAAAACAGCCUUCCUGAACAGCAGGUAUAUAUUUUUUUAUGCCCCUUCAUUUCUCUCUUGUUCUUUCUCUAAUGAGAGUGAAGAAGUGGGUCUAGCGGCGCGGCGGGGGAGCUGAAUUUCACGCGUUCGCCUCAACUUUGUGGAAAUAUGUGAAGUGUGAUAAAUGCCACUGGAAAAUGGAGCAGUCGGCUACUCUGGACAUAGAGACUCUGAAGAUUACCCAGGAGCAGUUUAUUCUUGCAUCCCAGUCCCUGCACCUCCAACGACCAGGCUGCGAUGCCGUGUACCCGGUGGGUUUAUACGGGUGGAGAAAAAGAUGCCUUUAUUUCUUCCUGCUACUGCUCCUGGUCACCAUGAUAGUUAACCUGGCCCUCACCGUCUGGAUCAUAAAGGUUAUGAACUUCUCAGUGGAUGGAAUGGGAAACCUCAAGCUGAACCAGGAUGGGAUUCGCAUGGAGGGAAUCAGCGAGUUUCUUUUGCCUCUGUAUGUUAAUGAGAUUCAGUCCAGAAGGGACAGCUUGUUGGUCUUGCGGUCAGACAAGAACGUAACGCUGAAUGCCAGAAACGAACAAGGCCUGCUAACUGGUCAGCUCACAGUGGGUCCCGAGGCUGUGGAAGCCCAGUGUCAGAGGCUGGAGGUGCGAAGCAGAGACGGGGGCACACUUCUGUUCACUGCCGACGAGGAGGAGGUCAUCAUGGCAGCAGAAAAGUUCACAGUCACAGGCUCGGAAGGAGCCGUGUUCGGACAUUCAGUGGAGACUCCUCUGAUCCAGGCGAGGGCUUCUGAAGACCUGAAAAAUCUUCAGAGGAUAUCCUGGGGGACCUGCUUCCUCUUUAGUUAUUGCAAGCUAUUAAAAUAAUCAUUAAACAAGCUUUUUAAUCAGAUUUUUUUUUUUCAAAUUUAAAUCUACAACCAAAUGGAUUUUUACCUGCAAAUUAGCAAAAUCACAAUUUUUAUCUCUUAGUUGCAGUCAUGAAAAAAAAAAAUGCAGGACUCUUCUCUUGUGAAAAACUUAAGCAGACCCUUAAUGCUUCCAUGGUAGUUAAGAAGUCACAGCAAGGUAAUUCUAAUCAAAUAUACUUGCUUAAUUGAUCAUCAGCAAGUGUGAGCACCUCAAUGAAAGCAAAGGUUUUGGCAUUUUGCUGGUCUGGAGCAUUUAACUGUGCGUUAACACAAUGCCACAAUCUUUUCAGGAGUGGAAGUGCCAGCAAAUUCACACCAAGUUCAAACUAUGCUCAGAGAAACUACCGAAAACCCAAGAGCUUUACUCAGACUGUACAGGCCUCAGUUAGCAUGUUAAAUGUUAAAGAUCAUGACAGUAAAAUUAGAAAAACAAUAACAAGCAUGGCUUGUGAAGAGAAAGAAUAUAUCAGUAUGGGCUAUGUUUUAAAGUGGCAUCUGAACACAAGACUUCUUCAGAGAGAUGAGACCAAAGUGAUGUUUGGUUGUAAUGUGCAGCACCAAAUUUGGAGAAAACGUAACACUUCAUACCAGCUGUAAAGCACGGUGGUGGAUGGGAUGAAGACUUGGGUUUGUUUUGCAGCCACAGGUGCUGGAUAUCUUGCACUGGCUGAGUCGACCAUGAACCCCUCUGAGUACCAAAGUGUUCUGAAGUCCAAUGUGAGGACAUCUGUCCAACAGAUAAACUUUGACUGGACCACUGCAACAUCCUGAUGCUUUUCUUUUUUAGCAGAUUUGUCGCUGUGCUUUGGAUCAUUGUCCAUGACCCAAUUUCAGCCAAAGUCCAGACUUCAACUGAAACUGAAAUAAUGUUGGGUAUUACCUUAAGAGAGCUGUGCAUAAAUGAAAGCCCGUAAACAUCAAUGAACUGAAGCAACAUUGUAAAGAAGAGAUGCGUAAAAGUCAUCCACAAGAAUGUGAGAAGUUGAUGUAUAGAUGCUGAAAACGAUUACUUAAACUUAUUGCUGCCAAACUUGUGAUUCGUGGGGUGUUCUUGGUUUUUCAGAGAUUCCUGUGAAAACUUUCUUGUCCACAUGAGUGUAAAUGACCAAGAUUCAGAUUAAAGAGUAAAAGUCUCUUGCAUAUUUUAAAUUCAGUAUGUCAGUGGUUACAUUUUUUAAAUACUAAACUAGGCUUUACAGUAGAAAUUGGAUGAAGUGGAACGUUUAAUAUUUUGUCCACAAAAAAAUUAAAAUGUAAUCUUAACCUUGAAUUAGUGAUUUAGAAACUACUUUCCUUUGUCCAUUAGAUGUGUUUUUUUCCAGCAAUGAGCAGUUAAAGCAGCCAUGUUUUGAGUCUGUGAAAGCGUGACUGUUUCCUAAAAUAACCCAACUCUCACACCGUGCCAGCAAAACUCCAUCCCCACAAUCGCAAAGCAGAGACUUUUCAUGAUAUAGCCAAACAGUAAAAUGUGAGCUGGAACAGCCUCGAAUGAUUACACAUGUAGAUCUAAUAAAGUAGUCAGUAAGGUGACAUCAUCUUCAGAAAACACUGUCACUAAAGUAAAAUAUAUACUUAGAUUUUUACUUUAAUGCCCAAUAUAGCUCAUUCAACAAUCGGAUUAUUUAUCCAAAGAAAACAUUUUUUCCCACAUCUCCAGUAUUUCUUUUAAAAGUGGCAUUUGCCUUGUUCAGCAUUGUUUAUGUAUGCAGCUCUGGGCCUUUCCGUAAAUGCUAAUGAGGCUCUUCCCUCCCGCCACCUCGCUGAAAUCAUGACAAGUUAAGCCCUCCUUGCAAAUCGUGUGUCACCUGUGCAGUAAGCCCCUCCGGAUGAUAAGGACACAGCUUGGCUUGCGUCCACAUCACCUUUCUUUCCCCGUUUAAAGAAACAUCACUCUCUUUGUGAUGCGUUUUAUUUCCCUGAAAGCCAGGAGUAAUCUGGGAGAUGAACAGAGCAGAGUCAAAUCAAAGAAAGCCACAUGAGAACAACUUCCUCUUUGAAGCACCUGUUCUUCUCCUGGAGUUUACCUGUGUACGCUGGCACUCAAGUCUGUCUUUGUUUGUUAUGAUCAUUGCCUUUUGUGAUUUAAUUUCUUAUUAUGUGCGACUUUUACUGGUGGACAAGUGCAAAUGACUUAGCCAGAGUGGCUUCCAGCAUCUUUUGCGUUGGCAGCCUAUUUAAGCGUGAGACAACUGAGAUGUACAAGUUUAAACUGGAAUGAGAGAACUGGAAAUCUGAAUUUGUAAAUCUAUAAUAUGUAUAUUUGUUGAUGUAGAUGCAGACCUAGCAGGAGAACUACAUCCUUCCAAACUACAAUCAAGAGCAGGAAUAAAAUUAGACAUAGUUUCACAUACUGGAAAGAUUGUGCUUACUUUUCUUCAUCUGCUGAGUCAUCUGCUUUUUCUUAAUUUGUUUUAUUGGCUGGUUCUUAGUCUAUGUGAGAAUAUCACCUGAUAGACUUUUGUGACACAGCUUCAAGUGAAUUUGUGGGGACAAUCUGAAAGCCUUACGUGCUUGGGACUCUGUCCUGCUGGGGAAUUUCAAUGCUCACAUGGUAAACAACUGUGUGACCGUUGGAAGGUACAGCCUCACAAAAUAAUAGUGUUUUUGUAUUUGUUUUGCUUUCAUGGUAAUCACUUUUUCUCCAUUAGUGCACUUGGCAACAGGACAUCCUAAGUCAGAACUUGAUGAUUGAUUUUAUAAUCAUAUCAUCAGACCUUAUGUGUUGGACACUAAAGUAAAGAGUGGAGCAAAGCUUUCAACUAAUCAAAACCAGGUGGUGAGAGGGUGCUCACUUAUCAGAGGCCCUGAUCUACAAGAUCUUCAGUUCCCACCUCCAGCACGGCUUUGACAGCAUUCUGAGGGAGACUGAGUGGACCAGACCAGGCACCAGACCACCAAACCAGACAUUGGACACCAGAGGGCAGCUGUCAAGUUGAAGAAGUAGUCCUAUUGAGCUUGAUUUCACAGGCAGCCGACAAGUCAGGCCAACAGGCCAAGUGGGUUGCAACCACAGCUGAAGUCAAAAUUUGGAUGUUGGAGGAGUUCGGUAAGCAAGACUUUCGGUCGUCCUUAAGGCAAUUCUUGGAAACAGGAAGCAGGAAUAUCACACUGUGUAAUCCUGACUCUAUACUGUGCACAGUCAGGAUGCAGUACCGUCUGACUGCAGCUGAGGAUAUUUUAAGUCCCACUGAUAUCCCUUAUGUAGCAGGAGCAGAAUUUGGGGGUGGUGGGUUGACUUGUUCAUCAUUGUCGUGUUAAAAAGCUGGGUUUUGUAAGGCUGUUUUGGUUAACACACUUGUGCAGUAUCAUGUGGAAGUUGGGGACAGAGCCAAUGGUUUGGGAGACUAGGGUGUUGGUCCCAUCUUAUAUGCCAAGCUGCUGGGGAAGAGAGUCCUUUUUUUUUUAAAUUUUUUUAAAUCAAAGUUACGAUUCAAGAGGGGCAAUAUGGUUUUGAUUCUGGUCGUGGAACACUAGACGAGCUUUUUAAUCGUCUCGAGGUUACCUAAUAUGCACAGAAGUUUGCCCAAUGAGUCUACGUGUGUUUUGUGGACUUAAGAUUUGGCAUUUGACCGAGUCCCUCAGGACUUCCUGUAUGCAAAGGCUGUCUCUUACCCCCUCCCAAAUGAGUUUUGUCUUUCAGGAAGGGGUAAGAGACCUUGAUAAGCAGAAAUGAGCAUUAUAUUAAAGAUGAAAAACACAGACCAGGGGUGUUAAACUCACUCUUGUUUAUGGGUAAUGUAUAAACAAAGCUGCAUAAUAACCUGACUUUCUAGAACUACAGGUAUAUUGUAAAAACAGUGAACAAACAAUUUAUAAAGUUGUGAUGAACAUCUGAGAUUCUCACUAAUAAUAAUUGUAGUAAUAUUUAGCAAUAUUGAUUACCACAUGUGCACUGCAUAUUUCACCGAAUCUGCAAAAGCAAAAAACCUUGACAGGUAACGUUGAACAACAGAGGUAUUUCACUUUUUAUGAUUCAAACAACUUGUUGAAACUGAUUUUCUGAGACCAACUAUUUUCUUCACAGUAACACUGACAUCGCCUCAUGUCAGAUAUUAAUGACUUCACUGCAAUUUCCACACUUUCCACCGCACUCUAGGGGGCUGAAUUGGUCCAUUUGGUGGGAUGGUUCUAGCCCCCGGUCCUCAUGUUUGAUGAAAACAGAAAAAGUCAUUCUGAAGUAAUUUCAGCCACAAAUAUCAAAAGACAAAAUUAAAUUCUUAAUUUCUGAAUACUUUGACAACACUGCUCUCUGCAUAAGUAAGAAUCUAACUAAUUACUUAAUCACGCUACUGUUUAUGCUUUAGUCUCCUGUGUAAUGAAUGCUGUGACAGCAAUGUGCAAGGUUUACAACUGAGUAGAGUGUUUGGUCCUCUGCUUCGUCACCUGCUAACUAAAAGGUAUGCUUGCGUGCUGCGACUUGUGGAUAAUUGCACUUGUGCUGACAAAGAAGAGAACUCUUGAUGUUAGGUCUGUAAAACGAGGGGAUUGCAGUUAUGAAGCGGAUCUGGUCCUGCUGGAGAGGCGCCAGUUUGUCAUCGCUUGCUCUCAGCUCACAGCUUCAUUACCUUUAGACAUAGCUGUUUUCAGACUCCGAUCAGCUCCCUCGCCCCACAGUAAUUUCUUUAGUUCAGUUCCACUCGUAAAAUGCGCCCCCGAGACUGAGUUUGAGACAAAACGAGAGAGAUAAUUGCUGUAAACUUCGCUCCGACUCUCUACCUAACUGCCCUCUUAGCUUGAUGAUAAGGAGCAGCUUGCUUGUAGCCCACAAUUAUAGGCUUAAAUAUUAAAAUGUUUCUGUCAAUUACAUAAUGACAUAAUUUCACAUCUCAUUCUGAAGGAUGGUGCUCUGAUUCCUAAUGCGAAUGUCCCAAAUCCAUCAGGAGAGGCAAAGGAAGCUGUGUGAUACUGCUGUAAUAUUAUCCUGGUGUAGCUGUGAUACUUCUGUCAUCUAGUUUGCAUACACUUAGGGAGACUUCAUCUAUUCUUUUGACAUUUCUUGACAACAGAUGGUAGAUUCACUUCUAAUCAAUGUGACACAAAGUCUCCAGGUCUCAAUUGUAUCAAGAACGAACAUACUCAGUUUUUUGGGGUUUUUUUUGCUGGCUAUAAACUGCUGCUUGAACCCACACAGGAAUCUGCAGUGAGACAAGUCUGACAUUAAGCAGCAAAGGCAGGACAGACAGGAUUUGAAGGCUCUCUGGGUUCUUACAGUGCAGACAUCACAUGAUGAAUCAGGCCCAGAAUCAGAGAGCAGAAAAAUAGUUUUUCAUUUCGUUUUCUCUGUAACUUUCUGCUACUAGAGCUCUCCUCUGCAAUGCGGCCAGCUGCACGUCUGUCUACAGUUUAUCUAAGCAGCUCUGAGGACAGUCCGUGCUCUAGCCGUGUCCACACAUGACUGACAUGUUCAUUAAAGAGAUAAAAACUCUUCUUGUUCCCACUUAGCUCUGGUCGGACUCUACUACUGCUACCAGUUAGGGAGCAGAGAGUUAUUACAGAAGUGUGCACAUGUUCUUUUCCUCUUAUUUUGACUGCAGCAGUGAAAUAUUGUUUCUUGGUUAUUGCAAUGGUCUUGUAGACCAGAUGAAGAAUGUUUGGACUGCUGAUAACAUUACUUACAGAUAUAUUGGAAAUAAUUGGUGUAAACCUUGUUAGGGAUACUGAUUCACUGUCGUACUUGCUUCUCCAUGUGUCUUCAUAAGUAAAGACAUGGACAAGUGUGUGGAGCUUUUGGGAUAUCUAUUAUCGUACCCCCUUCCUAAAGGUCCAGACUCCAUUAAAUCUCAGCAUACGGUUAGGUCCUUAAGUAUUUGGACAGCUACACAAUUGGCCUCUGUACACCACCACAUUGUAUUUAAAGUCAAACAGACAAUAUGUAACUGAAGUGCAGACUCUCAGCUUUUAUUUCAUUUAUAACAAAAGUACUCCAUUAGCUGUGGCUCAAAUGUAAUUGGACAUCAUUUUAAAUGUAAGGAUUGUUGAGAUGCUUUGCCAGGCUUUUAAUGAGAACACCUUCACUUCGUGCAUGUUUGUGCGUCUCUACUUUUGGCCGUUGAAGAACAUCCCAUUUGUUUUCUUUGAGAAGUUCUUGGGUUGCUUUCGUAUUACGCUUUGGGUGAUGUGCAGAUUAUUUUGGCUGAAUCUGAGCAGAGAGUAGAGCCGUGUACACUUCACAGUUCAUCCUUCUGUCAGCAGUCACAUCAUCAAUAAACACUCGUGGCCUGGUUUCACUGGCAGCCUUACAUGCCCAUACAUUAACUCUGGAUCACGAGCAGUUUCUCUCCUUCUCUAUACUUUUCUCUGUCUAUCAUUCUGGUACAAGUAAACCUUGGCUUUGUCUCUCAAAAGAUUUUCUUCAGGCAUGUGCAGGCUCUUUUAGAUGUUUUCUGGUGAAAUGUAAAUGCCCUUCUCAUCGUUUAGUGCAACGAGCUGGUUUGCACCUUGUUGUAAACGCCUUGUAAUUGCGUUGAGUUGAAGCUGUCUGCAGUUUACAUAUUUCAAUUGGUCUGAAAGAUUUCUGAUACUACAGCAUCUGACCUGUGUCAUAUUUUCUGUGUAUUUGAACAGUUUGAGCCAUUUCAAAGCGGAUGAGGAUGGAUGGAUGUUCCAUCCUCUUUGUCUCUCCUAUGGGAGAUUACUAAAGGGCGGGUUGAUAAGACAGGAAAUGUAUGCUCAUGAGCAGUCGGUGGAUGACGUGUCCAUAAUAUCACAUUUCUGGGGUUGGUGGUGGCGUCGACCACUGGUGAUUGGCAGAGAUGGUGUCUCUUCAUGACUCAUGUUUGGUUUAAGUUUGGGUGGGUUCUAUAUUUUACUCGCCUGACAGGAGAUUGUGACCUGAGGAACAAUUAGGUUGAUUUUAGUUUUGUACUGCAAAAACCAUUCAUGUCCUGCCUCUUUUGUUGUGCCAUUUUAGAUUGCAUCUGAAAGAGUUCACUGGGAGUUCAAGUAAUGUCUGUGCAUGCAUGGCUUUUACCUUAAAGAUGAGACUUCUAAUAGUGUAUCUAAAGAGGCCCUUUUAAAUGUUUCUGAUCAGCUGCUAAUAUGAAGCUUUCCAUGUUGAUGAAUAUGUGUCCUUCCAUUGUGGCAUCGUUUAAAUUCUGUCCAUGUUUUAUAUUUUUCAUACUCCAUCCUAUGUUUUUGUGGCCACAAGCCUGAAUAUAGCUUUCAUAUUUAUGGUGGGGAAAACAGUAGCAUAUUACCUUUUUUCAUUCUGCACCCAUCACAUUACUGUUUAGUGGUAUGCUGUAGUAGUUUUGGAAAGUUUUUCUUUUGCUGUGUAAUGUUUGAGAUAGUUUUUGGGUACUGCCACACAUUCACCACAACCAGUUAUUGAACUUGUGCUAAAAGGGAAACUGAUAAAGCUGGUAGUAUAUAAAGCCCAGUGGAUCCCUGUAAGUGAUAGUGACAUAUAAAAAUAAAUUAGUCUUUCACCCCCCAAGCAAACAUGCUAGAUAUGCACUAUUUAAACAAAUCUUUCUCUUUGGUAUCACCUUUUUGGUCAUCAGCACAUCCUACAGCUAUUUUCCUCCAAAGCUCUGUGAUACGGUGACCUUUAUGUGGACGUAAAGGUCAGCUUGAAUACACCACAAAAGGUUGGUCAGGUUUCCCAGAGAGCGGGAGAGCCUGUCAUAAACAGCCUUUACGACUGCAAAUACCAGAUAAGUUAUCACUUGUGACGGCUUUAUGUUUCAAAGCCCUGAAAUAUGGUGGAUGCGUCAACCUCUUUUAACUGACGCCCUCAUCAGUCAGCCUAAUGAUCGUAACGUUUUGGGGAAUUGUGACAUUUUAAGAAAAACUCAUUUAAUGUUUUAUCACAUUUUCCCAUUCUUCUGCAAAGGCAGAAGACAGUUUACCAACUUUGUAAAAAAAAUGUUGAACUAAUUUAAAAAAUGUUUGAUGAAAAGCUGUGUUUUUCUGUAUUUUUACCCAAGUCUUUUAAAAUGUGGUUAAAAUCUGUGACACGGUAGAGAAAUUUAACUGCUGAUUUGUUAAAUUUGAGAAGCAGAACACAAACAACUCAGUCAAUCCAAAAAUGUUAAAUGCAGACUGUACGCACUCACUGACCUUGCUUCUAGUACUGGGUUAGAGCCCCAUUGUAGACUUCAGAACUGCCUCAGUUCUUUGUGGCACAGAUUCAAGAAAGUUCUGGAUCAUUCCCCAAAGAUUUUGGUCCAUAUUGACACAAUAGCAUCACGCAGUUGAAGAAGAUUUGGACAUCCCAAAAGGUGCUCUUUUUUUUUUUUACAAUCUAAGCAUAGUGAACUCAUUUUUGUGUUCAAGAAACCAGUUUGAGAUGAUUUGAGUUUUGUGACACGGUGCGCUAUCCUACUGGAAGCAGGCAUCAGAAGAUGGUACACUGCAGUCAUAAAGGGGGAUGGACAUGAUCAGCAACAAUACUCAGGUAGUCUGUGGUGUUUAGACUUUGGUCAGUUGGUACUGAGGAGCUCAGAGUUUGCCAUGGAAUUAUCCCCAACACCAUUACACCACCAGCCUGAAUCACUGAUUCAAGGGGCACUAACUCCACUGGAGUGGCUCUAGCUCAGGAGGUAGCGCAGAUCACCUGCUAAUCGGAAGGUUGAUGGUUCAAUUUGUCUGCAUGCCAAAUAUCCUUGGGCAAGAUACUAACACCAAGUUGCUCUUCGAUGCAUCAAUUAGAGUAUGAAUGAGUAUAGGUGUUAUAUAGAAAGAGCUUAGAAGAAAAGUGCUUGUGUGAACGGUGUAAAGCGCUUUGAGUGCUCAGAAAGCGUAGAAAAGCACUAUACAGUGGCCUGUAAAAGUAUUCAGCCCCCUUGAACUUUUCUACAUUUUGUCACAUUACAGCCACAAACAUGAAUCAAUUUUAUUGGAAUUCCAUGUGAAAGACCAACACAAAGUGGUGCACA